AUGGGGUUUGAGACUGGUGCUGUUAGUUCGGAGAUGUUUUUUCGCGGUAGUUGUAAUGGGCUUGGCGGCGCUAGUCUUCAUUGGGACCCUCAGGCCUCUCCUCCUCUCUGCCAAAUACACCCUCGAUGCUCGCCGAGGAGACCCUGGAUCUAUGGGGUUCUUAUUUUGGAUGGUUUGAAUUCGCCGAAAGUACGCAUUCCUGGGAAUGUGCUGGAUACCGUCACGAUAUAUUUUGUGAUGAGCUGUGAAGCCACGUCCCCCAGGAUGGCCCACAAACCCACCAAGCUAUGCUUCGUGACAGUCGGAGCCACUGCUUCGUUCCAUCUUCUGCUGGAGUCGCUGCUGGAUCCGGCCUUUAUGAAAGCCCUGCACCGGUAUAGCUACACGCAUCUUCUUAUCCAGUAUGGCAAGGAUGGACAGGCCCUCUUCGACGAGUUCACCGCGAAGCGGCCCUUUGGCCAUCCCGAUCUUCAUGGGAUCGCGCUGGAUGGCUUUGACUUUAAACAGACAGGCCUAGACUUUGAAAUGCGUCUCGCCAAAGCUAAACCCUCAGAAAAUCGAAGCAGUGGGCUUGUCAUUAGCCACGCAGGGUCGGGGAGCAUUCUUGCGGUGUUGCGAUUUGGUGUCCCUCUUGUCGUCGUACCUAAUCCAACUCUCCAGGAUAACCACCAGGAAGAGCUUGCCGACGUUUUACAGCAAGAAGGCUACGCCGUGUGGGGCAGUUACAAAGAACUGGCAUCCGCACUCGAGCGCGCCGAGACUCUGCGGACUCGGAUGCUCACUUGGCCGCCGGUACACGGUGCAAACCGCAAACAGAGUCUGGAAGGUGUGAUCUCUGAGGAGAUGGGUUACCUGGACUGA